AUGGCCGCCAGCAACGACAACGACAAGGCACACCUUCUCCCGCCCUCCUACAAGACCCAGAUCACAGCCUGGCUAUCCGAAGACACCCCGUCCUUCGACUACGCGGGCUUCGUCGUCGGGGAGACGCCCCGGCGCGCGAUCCUCCUCGCCAAAUCCGCCGGGAUCCUGGCCGGCGUCCCCUUCUUCACCGAGGUCUUCACGCAGACCGGCUGCCGCGUCGAGUGGCACCAGUCCGAGGGCGCGCCUCUCGACCCGUCGUCCUCCCCCGACGGCCGGGUCAAGGUGGCCACGGUCAGCGGCCCCGUGCGCGGCAUCCUCCUCGGGGAGCGCGUGGCCCUCAACACGCUCGCCCGCUGCUCCGGCAUCGCCACCCAGUCGCACCGCCUCGUCUCGCUGGUCCGCAAGGCGGGAUACACGGGCGCCCUGGCCGGCACGCGCAAGACGACCCCCGGCUUCCGCCUCGUCGAGAAGUACGGCAUGCUGGUGGGCGGCGCCGACGCCCACCGCAUGGACCUGAGCGCCAUGAUCAUGCUCAAGGACAACCACGUCUGGAGCAGGGGCAGCAUCACGGACGCCGUCGCCGCCGCCAAGUCGGUCGGCGGCUUCAGCCUCAAGGUCGAGGUCGAGGUCCAGAGCGAGCGCGAGGCCGACGAGGCCAUCGCCGCGGGGGCCGACGUCGUCAUGCUGGACAACUUCACCGGCCGUGGCGCCACGCUCGCCGCGAGGGCGUUGAAGCAGCGCUGGCCGCGGCGGAGCUUCCUGCUCGAGGUGUCGGGCGGCCUGGGCGGCGACAAUGUCGAGGCGUACAUUUGCAACGAUGUCGACAUUAUCUCGACUAGCUCCAUCCACCAGGGCGUGCCGCACCUCGAUUUUUCUCUCAAGAUCGAGCACUGA